AUGAAGUGUGGCAGGUGGAUGUCCGACUGGACGGACGUUCCCACCGCACUGCCCCAGGGGUCACCCCUCUCGCCCAUCUGCUUCAACGCCUACUUGCAGCCCAUCGCCUCCAUCAUCACGCCUGACAACGCAAUCCUUUUGUGCUACGCAGAUGACAUCACCAUCGUCGCGUGGCACAGGGACAUCUCCUCAGCAAUCGGCACCGCUCAGGAGGUGGUCAACAACGUGAAGGCCGCAUGCGACCAUCUCGACAUGGUCAUCAACCCUCAGAAGGCAUCCGUCACUGUCUUUGGGAAGCGCCGCCCCACCCAACCGUUGAAAGCGGUGGUCUACGGGGGUGAACCCAUCUCCUACUCUGAUCAAGUAAAGCUGCUGGGCGUGACGCUGGACCCGGCCCUCACCUUUAACGCCCACGCCGACUCAGUGCGCAGCAGAUGCGUUCGCGCUCUGUCAACGCUGAAAGCGGCCUACAGCAGGGGAGUUGACUUGAGACGGAUCAGUCAUCUCUAUCGCUCGCUUGUCCUCUCUCGAAUCACCUACGGACUCGAGAUCAUCAAUCCGCUGAAGACAACGAUGGACAAGCUCGAGCGGAUCCAGAACAGCGCUCUCCGACUCGCCACCGGGUGCCCCAGACAGACGCCGGUCACUGCGCUGAGGUACAUGUUUGACCUGCCCUCCAUCGUCGACCUACACGAAGUCCUACGAGCCAGAGCGGUGUGCAUCGUCGCCUCCGACUGCGGCCAUCCCUUGCACGGCUUCGUCGACCAAGCCCUGGCACGCGCUCCACUGGCACGUCUGCAGCGCACGGGCUGGCUGCGCGAUGGGACCAAAGCUCUGCGCGGUCUCUGCGGUCGGCACAAGAUCCGCAGAUCUCCCCUGUGGUCUGCGACGCCUCCCGCCACCAGAUGCCGAUGGACCUUCAAGAUCGACCUCUUCAGCCGCACCGACCGUGAGCUACCACCACACGUAGUGAACGCCAUGUUUGAGGAGGUCCUGGCCGACACCAGCAGUGAGCUCCCACAGCCCCUCGUCGUCCUGGCCACUGACGGUUCUGUCACCACAAGCGCCCCAAGAUCUGGAUGGGGGUGUGUGAUGAGGGAGUCAGACGGCAGCCUGCAGACCCACCGUGGAGGCUGCAACCUUCGCCUCUCUAGCAUGAGGGCUGAGCUGGAGGCCAUCUUCCGCGGUCUGGAUCUUGCCAGAAGCGCCCACCCUGAUCUAGCCGCGUGCAUCAUCUGCACCGACUCUCAAUCUCUCCUGCGCAAACUAGAGAGCGGAUCGGCUCCUCCGGAGUGGCACGACCUCCCUCAACAAGUCGUAUGGGUAUACUGCCCAGGGCACGCCGGAGUCCAACUGAACGACAGAGCCGAUCACCUGGCUGGCAGCGGUUCUGCUUCCGACUACCUGGAGCUCGGGACGCAGGACAUCCAACUCAUCAUACGGGAUCGACAGCUGAGCAGCCGCGGCGACGGGUCGUGGGAGGAGAGGAGGAUGAGCGAGAGAGGCCUUCAGCGGGGUUGGGUGGCGAAAUCCACCUCCCGUGGCCGCGCUGCCCACACGAUGUGCCAGCUAGCCACUGGUACUCUCUCCCGAGCGGCGCUGACCAGGGUGUUCCAGCUAGGAGGAGCAGAGGCUGCUUGGGGCCAACUAUUGGGCCUCCGCCGGCUAACGACGCUGCCGCUCGACCAGUAA